AUACAAUAUACGUUUCCUCCUUAGGUAGAAUGCCAGUUUCAGGCAACUGAACGGAUCUGACGGAAAUAGCCGUCCCGGCCCCGAGUGCUAAGUGCCGUGCCAAAAUCACCGUUCCGGAGUGGGUCUCUUUUGAUCACGGCUUGCCAAGCGUGCCAAGCGCGGUCUCGGCAUCGGAGUCUCGCGAUUCGCAUUCGGCCAAACCAACAACAGCCAAUCCAAGAUAACUCGGACAAGCGCCGAUAUCGACUGUUCUGUACCAAAGCAGAAAGAAAACAUGCGCCCCUCCUUCAUCCUCUUUGCUGGGAUAGCCGGGCACGCCCUUGCCCACGGGAACCAUGGGAGCGGGUCGGAGAAGCCGAUUGUGGACGGCAAUGCCAGCUGGAUGCAAAAACACAUGGCCGAGGAGCACCAUAUGAGCGGCUUCGACGCAGCCUCAUUCUUCGCGUUACACGACUUCGAUGCCGACGGCAACUGGGAGGCGGAGGAGAUUCUCCGGACGUACGGUCUGAUGGACGAGUCGAACAAGCAUGUCACAGAGGAACGGAAAUCCGAAAUUACGCAAGGCGUUUUGAGGCUGCUCGACCGCAACAACGAUGGGCGCAUCAGUCGUGACGAGUUUGUGCAGGCCAUCGAGGCAGAGGGUAAGACCCUGCCGGACAUGGGCACAGGGCCCGGGCAUCACGGCGACGACGAAUACGAGUAUGAGAUUCACCAUUGGGAGAAAUACCACGAUGAAAACACCAAACUCGAGGACCUUACGCACCCCGAAGACAUUGAGCACUUCAAGAAGCACGAGCAAAUGGAAGCCGAGCAAGAGCGGCUAGAGCAGCUCAACAAGCAGAGCAUCAUCGAGGCCAACAUCCCGGCCAGGUUCCGGCGCGACUAGGGUUGAGGAGAGCGACAGAACCGAGAUAUAUACACGAAACAGACGGCAUACACCUAA